AUGGUAUCCGAAGAUAACAAGGAAAUACUCGAGAAGAGCUCCGCCCAACGCUGCUCCGACAAUGAGACUUUCGAGACCGGUCGCGUGGGCAACUUCAAACGACGCCUGCCUGGCUUCAGGUGGGAAGUUCGUCAGGAGGAGAGCAGCUUCGCUGCCACGCCGGGAGCCUCUAAUGCUGACUUCGACCCAAUUCCCCCGUCGAAACGCACCUGGAAUUGGGGCGCAUACGUCGCCUACUGGAUGGCCGAUGCCUGGGCCGUCUCCAACUGGGAAGUAGCUUCUUCCAUGAUUGCAGUCGGCCUCGACUGGAGAAUGGCCAUUGGUGCUUGUGUGCUUGGCAACACCAUCAUGGGUCUCGUGAUCACGUCCAAUGGCAGGAUCGGUGCCAUUCUUCAUACCCCGUUCCCCGUCCUCGCGCGAAUGCCAUUCGGUUACUACUUCAGCUACUUUGUCGUCCUAUCCCGUUGCGUCCUCGCCAUUGUUUGGCUUGGUGUCCAAACAACCACAGGUGGUCAAUGCAUGGCUGUCUUGCUCACAGCCAUCUGGCCAAGUUUCACCAACAUUCCCAAUCAUAUUCCUGAAGAUCAGGGCAUCACUACGUCGGGAAUGGUUGCAUUUUUGCUCUAUUUUCUCCUCCAGCUGCCCUUCCUUUGCAUACCAUACACGAAGGUCCAAUACUUUUUUGCCUUCAAGUCAGUCAUCGCACCGAUUAUCUUCUUGGCUGUUUUCGGAGACACGCUGCACAAGGCUGGUGGUACCAUCAGCAAGAGUACGGUCAUCACUGAAAGUCCCACCGUGAGCGGCUCAGUCCUCGUCUGGGCUUUUUUCGGAAAUCUCAAUGGAGUUUUGGGUAACUACUCCACCUUGGGUUUAAACAUUGCCGACUUCUCGAGAUACGCCAAUAAGCCCAGCGCACAGAACGUCCAGGCUGUCGUCAUCCCGUGCAUCUUCACAAUUGUUGGCCUGUUAGGCAUCUUCACUGCCGCUGCUGCUCAGACAGCAUAUGGUAAAGUUAUUUGGAAUCCCAUUGAAAUCAUCAGCUUGUGGAUGGAGUCCGGUUCCAGCGCUGGACGUGCUUCUGCUGCAUUUGGCGCUAUCGGCCUGCUCAUCGUCACUCUCGGUAUCAACAUUUCCGCAAACUCUAUCAGUGCUGCUAACGACCUCAUGGCGUUCGCCCCCAAAUAUAUCGACAUUCGCCGAGGCCAACUGCUUGCUGCCUUUAUUGGUAGCUGGGCCUUUGUCCCGUGGAAGAUUCUCGCAUCAGCCGCGACAUUUAUUGCUUUCCUCGGAGGCUACACCAUCUUCUUGGGACCCAUGACAUCCAUUCUCAUGUGCGACUACUUCAUUGUCAGACGCGGUAAUGUUUCUGUGCCUGAUAUGUACAACUUUCACGGCAUAUACCGAUACUCUCCAAAAUUUGCAAGCAACUGGCGCGCCGUUGCUGCUUUCUUCAUUGGCUGCGCUCCACCCCUGCCUGGUUUUGUCAACAACAUCGUUGACUCUGGGGGAGACACCACCAGUGUCUCUAUUGGCGGCCAACAUCUUUUCGCCAUCGGGUACAUCUACUCAUUUAUUGCCGCCGGUGUCUUCUAUUGGGUAUUUAAUCGAUUCUUCCCACAUACAGAAUCCCAGAUGGACCACCCCGAAACUGGGGAGGAAAUCAUUGCAGAGCAAGAUGCCAAGAAUACUGAGAAACGUCGUGUGGAAUUGGCUGGACAGAAGCCAAACAUUACCCGUCGGGUCUUUCAGGUGUAG